GCGCCGCCCAUGCCUAAACUAUGCCCCGACCGGGAGCACUAUGCUGUCAGUAGCAGCUGAUCGUGAUAGGGAAGUACAUAUAUAACUACAGAGACGUAGAAAACCCUAAAAUUCACGAAUCCGAGAUGGCAUCCGAAGAAUUAGCCAGAAAGCUGCAGCGCAGGUUAGAAGUGGAACAGAGCGCUUCGGCGGACCUGUGCGCCCCCUGCGCUCCCUGCGCCCCGGCCAAACUGAGCCAGGACGAGGGAGAAGAGAAGCAGCCCGUGGUCAAUGGGAGCGCAACUACAGAACUGACGCUGAAACUCAGCCGGAGACUGGACAUUAACGAGGGCAACACGGAGCCAAAACAAGUCAAGGUGUUUAACCCGUACACUGAAUUCAAAGAGUUCUCGAGAAAACAGAUCAAGGACAUGGAGAAAAUGUUCAAACGGUAUGACUCCAGUAAAGAUGGCUUUAUCGAUCUCAUGGAGCUAAAGCUGAUGAUGGAGAAGCUUGGAGCACCGCAGACCCACCUGAGUCUGAAGAACAUGAUCAAGGAGGUGGACGAGGACUUUGAUGACCAGCUCAGCUUCAGAGAGUUCCUGCUUAUCUUCCAAAGGGCCGCGGCUGGUGAGCUCCAGGAGGAGAGUGGGCUGCUGGCUUUGGCACGCCUUUCUGAGAUCGAUGUCUCCACAGAAGGGGUGCUGGGGGCACGUGACUUCUUUGAAGCCAAGGCACAGGCCCUGGCGGUGGCUAGCAAGUUUGAGGCAGAGAUACGGGAGGAGCAGGAGGAAAGGAAACGCCAGGAGAUGGAGCGAAAACAACGACGUGCUGCCUUCAGACAGCUGCAGUCUACUUUCUGCCCUUAGAGCCUGACGAACUCCAGAGCCUAAACGUGGACGUCAGAUGCAUGUGGUAUCACUGCUCAGAAUGAAUGAUGGGAACACUACUGGGUUAGACGUCUAUCUAGAACUAAAAGGACAAAAGUCUCACACUGGGAUUGUUUGGUCUUAGGGCUACGUUUUGAAUAUUCAGUUAUAGAUUUUUAUAUUUUUCAGUUUAUUGCAAAUACUUUAUUGAGUAACUGAAUCUAAAAUGUUAUAAAACUGUUCACUAGUGUUCAGAAAAAUAGUAACAGAAUCAAAAGUAUCGGGAGGGGUACAUUCAAGUUUUAAAUUUCACUUCUUUUUCUUUUUAAUGUUGGUCUUUGGGAGAUAUUGGCACUCAUUUAUGACUAUAUUCUUAUUCCAGUGUCCUAGAUAGACAAAAAUAGGAUAUAUUUGUAAUCUGUAAAAGGUUAUGCUUGGCUGUCUAUGUAUUUAUAUGAUUUGUAUUUAAUAUUUGAUAUAUUUGAUUUAAUUAGUGCUUGCUUACAAUGUUUAACUUGAGUAUUUAACUUUAAUCAGAAGCACAUAUCCUUUUUAAUGUUUGUGUAGCAAAAUGAAAUUAUUAAAAUGUAUUUUUCCAUGUGUAAAA